GGUAGACGGCUUGGAUCCGGGGCGGCGUAAUCUAUUCCAGACAGGCUAUCAGCUUGCCCCGUGCGCCUGUCUCGCCAGAUCAUGUAGGUUCUGCCUCCAUCGCUUUGUUGCCGCCAUCGUGCUACGUAAUCCUGAGUGCGUAUACAUAUUUGCAUAUUCAUAUGCCUACGUGUGUCCGGCAAAUACCGUGUAUUAAUUAUUAGCUGCUUUCUGUAUCUUCACAACCCUUCCAAACCCCUUCCAGGCCUCUUCGGUACAUAUAUUAAGAGCCAACACCAUUAGCAUAGUAAAUAGCUUCUCACCUAGUCGUUAAGUACAAGUUAAUUAACUACCCACCUACCUUGAGCGCCCUGUCAACGAUGCCCUCCCUAGUAAGACAUCCCCCAUCAGGUGAGAGGAGGAGGAGGCGCAGCAUAGCAUAGCUUCCGUGCGCCCUGUAAUAAGAUCUCGACGGUGCUUACAGUCAUUGCAGUUCCUGGUUGUUGUCAGCAUCGGAUGUAAUAGUAGAUUUGCAGGUCUAUACCGAGUCUUGGCUCGGAGGUCUUGGCGGUCUAUAGGACAUCGGAGCCCAUCCCUAAAUCUCCGGGUCACAACCGCGGUUAUGUGCGGUGCCUGUAUGUGGGUAUAUGUGUGUGUAUUAUGUGUGUAUGCGUAUGCCGGCAGGCAUCACAACGCCUACGUACAGGGCGUCGUAGCGGUUAUGUGGCGAGCUACGGGAGGAAGUCUGCUGGACGCCUGCGGUAUUGCGCCAUGUCCUCGCGCGAAUGCAUGUGUGCUACAUCACAGGGAAAUGUAGGCGCCUACACUUCCUUGUUUGGUGCUGUCGGACUCUACGGCUGCCCACGCGACAGCACUGCCAAUAUAAUAUUGCAUGAGCCCAGUGGCGCCGCCCACAUACACACAAGACUCGUUGUUCCAUGGGUCUUCGAUGUCGUCGUGGCCGUAUACCCGGGCGAUGUUUUUAUUCCGCGCACGUCUGGGCACGAUGACGCGGCCAAGCCGUGCCUGGGCACCGCGGGUUCGCAGCCAAGGACGAGAGAAAAGCUUGACACAAUCCAGGCUCUGCGUGGGUGCGACGGUGACAUCGCAUGGGCAAGCCCUGCUGUGGCUACUCCCUCGGGCUGCGCAUAUGAGUAGCAAGUCAUCGAAACGGCCCUAUCUCGCACACAACAUCUUCUGCAGCGUCCGCCGCAUGCGCAGACGAUGGACCGGCCGAUGAUUGCCUGCCAAUCGCAACACAUCAGCGCACUACCCUACUCCCUCCCCUGCCUCUCCUCAUCUGCCGUGUCUGUCUACUCCCCAGCUGCUCCGCCGCGGGACGGGAAGAAAGAAGAAGAAAGCGAGGAAGAAGGAAA